AUGAGCCUCACGCCCUUCGGAGGCGCCUCCAGCGGCAGCGGUUACGAAGCCGCUGAGAACCUGGAGCCUUCUUUGACCUGCGAAGGAUCCGACCUGACCCACAACCUGGACCUGGAAGCGCUCUGUAGAGCAUACCUCAAGAGUCCCGUCAGGGAGGAAGGAUACAGUGGCAGCUCCUCCAGUCCUGAGUUCCUGUUGUUGAAGUCCUACCAACAGGCUCCUGUGGAGGAUUGGAACGGAGAGGACUGCUACGACUGGGCGGCGGACGUGUGCACCCUCAGCAGAAUCGACCCUUCCGAGGUCGAUCUCGUAGCCUUCAGGAGCACGACUGGAAGCACCCUGGCACAGAUGAAGAAGCAGGACUUCUCUGCUCUUUGUGGGGAACAGGGCGGCUCCAUCUUCUACAAGAACUUGCGGUCGCUGGUGAAGAGAAAGGCAGGUCAGAGCACACUGACACCCCCCCUACCCCCGUGUCUUAUUGACCUCGAGUCCUUGAGAAACCCUGAGGACAUCCCACACAGCAUUCCAGAAUCACACGCCUUCAAUGACCUUGUCAUUCCACACAGGCAAAAAGGACCCGAUUAUUCAGGCUGCGGGGAGGCAGAAAACGCUGACCCUCUACAGAGGGCGUCGUCAUCCUCCUCCUAUCCAUCAGGGCUAUCGCCCUACGCCCUCAGCAGCGACAUGUGGUCCCUCUCGACGGAGGAAUACGAUGACCUGGACCAAUACAUUAUGCGAGGACAGGCUUCGGAGACGUUGCCCGAGGACAUCUUCAGCCUGGUGAGGAAGACGGAGCAGAUGGCGGCGCAUUUGAUGAAAACACAAAACCCAUCUCCCUCAGGAGACCACAGACUGGGAGAGGCAGCAGAAGAUGGAGGAGAAGAAGGUGAGGCUGGGGCGGUAGAAGGGUCCUCUUCGGGUCUGCAUUACGAGGGAGCCUGCCAGGCCGCCAGCCAGAGGAUCAAGACGACCUCGAGACGCGGAGAUCGCCACCCCAAAAUCUGGGAGUUCCUGAUCCGCCUCCUCGUGGAUCCCAGGACCAAUCCGCAACUAGUCCGCUGGCAGGACGUCUCCAGCGCCACCUUCAUGCUAGUCCAGCCCGCCCUCAUCGCCCGGCUGUGGGGUGCCAGGUCAAAGAAGCCCAGUCUCUCUGCCAACAACUUCGCCCGCGCCCUAAGGUACCAUUACAACACGGGCGCCCUGACUGCUGUAUCCGAGAGGCACUACAUGUACAGGUGCGGGAAGAAGGCCCUACAGUUCCUGGCCGCCCUCAAGGGCGGCUUGACCGAGACUGAAGGAAUUCAGUAG